CAUUUGAUUUUAGCUGAAUUGGAUCUUCAGCACCUGAGGAUAUGGCGUCAAUAGCGGCUACUGAGCCGGUGUUGAACUCCGGACAAAUAUCGUCUGCAGAAUCUCUUGUCCCGGCUAGCAUGUUCGCACCAAGCCGAGGUUGUGAGGAUGAAGACGGACAAGAGUGCUUUCAAGACAGCGAGACUUUUAACGGCGAGGCUGAGGAUGGCCACAUAGACUUCUCUAGCAAGUUUGCCCUCGUCAGCCCUAAUGGAGAGCAGUAUGAUUCGUUACUAAGGCAACUCCGGGAGCGAAUGGAUGAGGGUUGCGGAGAGACGAUUUACGUGGUUGGGGUUGGCUCAGAUGGAGGAGACUAUGGUCUUAAUGAGAGUGAUAUGGAGGCCUCGGUUGCCACGGUGCAGUCUCUGUGUGAGCAGAUCGAUGCUGACCUGAUUCUGCUGAGAGAGCGCAGUGAGGUGGGGGGGCGUGUCAGGGACUACCUCAUUCGGCGACGGGUGGGUGAGACUGACUUCCUGGAGGUGAGGGUGGCAGUGGUAGGGAAUGUGGACGCGGGGAAGAGUACCCUCCUUGGCGUGCUAACUCAUGGGGAGCUGGAUAACGGGCGUGGCUUUGCCAGACAGAAGCUCUUCAGACACAAACACGAGAUGGAGAGUGGACGCACCAGCAGCGUGGGUAAUGACAUCCUGGGCUUUGACCAGGAGGGCCAGGUGGUCAACAAACCCGACAGCCACGGGGGCAGUCUGGACUGGACCAAAAUCUGCGAGAAGUCUUCCAAAGUGAUCACCUUCAUAGACCUCGCAGGCCACGAGAAAUACCUGAAAACUACUGUGUUUGGCAUGACUGGCCACCUACCGGACUUCUGCAUGCUAAUGGUGGGCAGUAAUGCAGGAAUUGUAGGAAUGACCAAAGAGCACCUAGGCUUGGCCUUGGCUCUCAACGUGCCUGUGUUCGUGGUCGUCACUAAGAUCGACAUGUGUCCGGCCAACAUCCUCCAAGAGACACUGAAGUUACUCCAGAGGCUACUCAAGUCUCCAGGCUGUAGGAAGAUCCCUGUUCUGGUACAGAAUAAGGACGAUGUUAUUGUCACGGCGUCCAACUUUAGCUCAGAGAGAAUGUGUCCCAUUUUUCAGAUCUCGAAUGUAACAGGAGAGAACAUGGACCUGCUGAAGAUGUUCCUUAACCUGCUCUCCUGCAGAACAGCAUUCAAAGACGACGAGCCUGCUGAGUUUCAGAUCGACGACACUUACUCAGUACCAGGUGUGGGCACUGUGGUAUCAGGGACUACUUUACGCGGAUUGAUACGACUUAAUGACACCUUGCUCUUGGGCCCAGACCCUCUGGGCGCUUUUACCCCCAUCGCUGUCAAAUCCAUCCACCGGAAGAGGAUGCCUGUGAAGGAGGUGCGGGGCGGACAGACGGCAUCCUUCGCUCUCAAAAAGAUUAAACGCUCCUCCAUCAGGAAGGGAAUGGUGAUGGUCUCACCCAGGUUAAACCCACAGGCAUCAUGGGAGUUUGAAGCUGAGAUUCUUGUCCUCCAUCACCCAACGACCAUCUCUCCCCGAUACCAAGCCAUGGUGCACUGUGGAAGCAUCCGGCAGACAGCGACAAUCCUGACCAUGAACAGGGACUGUCUACGCACCGGAGACAAGGCCACUGUGCACUUCCGCUUCAUCAAAACGCCUGAGUAUCUGCAUGCCGACCAGCGCCUGGUCUUCAGAGAGGGCCGGACCAAGGCCGUCGGCACCAUCACCAAGCUACUGCAGUCAAACAAUAACCAGCCCUCCAACACCAAACCUCCGCAAAUUAAGAUGCAGUCGACAAAAAAAGCACCCCCACCUCGACGAGAGGACGCAGUCACUCCAGCCAAUGAUGAGGCAGCUAGCACAGGAACUCCAGCCAAUCCACUCAUAGCACAGCAACAGACUGAGGGGGAGGAAGAUCCCCAGACUAAGGAAGGAAACAAAGAGAGCAAGCCAAAGUCUGGAGGAGGCCGCCGGCGAGGAGGACAGCGACAUAAAGGCAAAUCUCAGACCAACCCCGCGGUCAGCCCUCCUGCUGGAGCAGGAGGCUCAUAAACUCCCCAUUACUCCCUCUCAUCACCUCUCUCCGUAAAGUGUCUUUACUCCCCAUGGAACUGUCCCACCUCCUCCACACCAGCCCAGAGUCUGUACUCACCUCCCAGCCUGGCAUCACUUAUCCUCACACAUAUAGUCAUACCCAUGUACCUACCCAUGUACCUCGGGGACAGUCUAGAGGGGCUGUAACUUAUGAUCAGUGUGUGUUGUUUGACAGGACAGUGAAGUUGGUAUGUAGCAUAUAUGCCUUUUUUUUUAAAACCAGACCAGUGGCAUGAGAGUUUUCAACAUGUUCAUCUGGAUCCCAGUCUACUCCACAGGUGUCAAAACCCAGUCCCUGCAGCUUUUUGUUCUGACUUCUUACUUACCUGCUGAGGAAAGUAGGUGCUGGUGUGCUUUUCAGCCAAUCAGAGACCACGGGUAGACAAGAGUAGCAGCAGGACCUUGGCCAUCAAAUACUGGAUUUUGACACCCCAGUCUACUACACCCGCCCACCCCGUGUAGAAGUGUGCAUUAGGCAGGUCCUUAUUGACAGGUUUACACAGAUUGUCUGCUGUUCACAUAUUCAGAUACAGUUCAUCCUGAGGUCAAACAGUUUCUUAAUUAUGGGAUAAAAUGACUGAAUUACUACACAACACAAGCAGGUGACAUGAGAGAACAGGUAAUUCAGCGACUCAGACUGUCUCGAAGACUCCACAUUAAUGUGGAAACUAACAUUCCAACCUACAGCACA